UGCUUUGACAGCCGCUCAGAGUCUUUCUCAGUCAUCUACACACUCUCUCUGUGCUUCUGCUGGCCUAUGGAUGACUGUUCGUGAAGAUGAGCUGAAGAGGAAGGAAGGAAAUCACCACGCAUUUCCAGAGCCCCCUAACAGACAUCCAGGCCCAGGCCGUAACAACAAACUGUGCCAAGAGAACAAUGACCUGGCUGAGAAACAUAAAAACCUCAUUUCUAAUUAUGACCAACGAGAGACGAAAGCACUGAAGGAGAAGGAGUUUGCACUUUUUAGCCUGAAGACCCAGAAACUGGAGAGACUCUGUAUAGCUCUUCAGGAUCAAAGAAAAACCCUGUAUCAGAAGCUUCAAGGGUCCCAACAGCCUGGAUCCAACGCCACAGUCUCAACCGAGUAGGUCCCUGCUGAGAUCGAGAGUGUUACAGAAGCCACAGAGGAAAUUGCAGUAACUAUAGAAGAGGUGGCUGCCUCAACAGAAGUGGUCACCCAAGAUCCCACUCAAGACACCCCCAUACAACCAAUCAGUGAGUCCCCUGUAGAUGCAACACCUUUGACCACGAGCUUGCCGAUCUGAAGGCUGAGAAAUCUACAAGAGCUAGCAGCAGCUUUUACUAUCUGAAACUACUUGCCACCAGAGGCUUGUGAGGACUCAAACAGCUGUGGAUUUUCUAAAAGCACUCAAUAUAGGCAACGUGCUACAGGGGGCGACACUGAGCUUGAACAGAACUUUACAGAGGAGAUGGGCCCUCUCACAAACAUACUGUCACAAAUAAAGUUUAUA